CCCCGCCGGCUGCCGACCGCUGCGAUUGGGUGGAUCACCCACCUGACGUGCCGGCGGUGCGGGGUAGGGGGGGGGCGCUCCAGCCGCGCGGCGCGUCUCUCACUGGCCGUGCGCUCGACUGCCCCCUAGGGGCGGGGCGGGGCGGGGCGGGGCGGGGCGGGGCGCCGCGCCGGCAGCGCCACCUCCGGGAGUCCCGUGAUGGCGGCGGGCGCGGCCGGGCCGGUGGGUUCCGCACCCCCCGGCGGGUUCCCCAGCGCUCCCAGUGACACCGCAGCCCCGAGAGGCCGGACCCACGCAUCCGUCCGUCCCUGUCCGUCUGUCCCCUACGGCCGCCAGCCGCCACCCUGCCCGCACGCAGCUCCCCGCGGAAGGCCGUCGAGGGUUUCCCCAGCUGCUGGCAGCCCCGGGGAAGCGAAUGUCCACACCAAUAAUUGAUGCCCGAGGUCGCCCUCGGCCUGUCGCGGCUGGCUCGCCCAGAGGUUUAAUUACCAACGCUAAUGACAGCCGGGGCUGGAGACUCCCCUCCGCCCCCCACCGCCGCCCGGCACAAUGGCGGAUCCUGUUCCCCAUCAAUCAUUCAUGUCCCUGCUGCUGGAAGGGGUUUCUCGGGAAGCGGGGAGGGGAGGCUGGGGUGGAUUUUCCAACCUUCCCAGUGUUAAACUGGUGCUGCCGGUGCUGGGGCAGGUCAGAGGCGCCUGGGUCCCCCACUUUCCCUGCAGGGGACAAACGCUGCCGGAUCCCCCCUGCCGGUGUCCCCAUGGGUGUCUUGAGCUGCAUGAAGUACCUGAUGUUCGUCUUCAACGUGCUGGUGUUUGCUGGCGGGACGUGCCUGGUGGGUGUGGGGGUCUGGGUGGUCGUGGACCCAGCUGGUUUCCAGGACAUCGUGGCUGCCAAGCCUGUGCUGAGCGUGGGUGGCUACCUGCUGCUGGCUGUGGGCAUCGUCCUCUCGCUGCUGGGCUUCCUGGGGUGCUGCGGGGCCCUGCGCCGGAGCCGGCCGCUGCUGCUGGCGUUCUUCAUCCUCGUGAGCCUUGUCUUCGUCACGCAGCUCGUUGGGGCUGUUCUCUUCCUGGUGCACUGGAAAGAGAUCCGGCCGGAGCUCUUCCUGUCCGAGCUGCGGAGGAGCUACCACGGGGACGAGGGUGCCGAGGUCUUCUCCACCGCCUGGAACACCCUCAUGGUCACGUUCUCGUGUUGCGGCGUUUUAGGACCCGAAGACUUUGGGAACGGUUCCCGCUUCCAGGAGCUGCACCCGGGGACGCCCUGGCCGCAGGCGUGCUGCGCCCGGGACGGGCUCCUGCAGGUGGGCGAGCUGCUGGGCUGGGAGCAGUGCCGGGAGAGGAGCCCCGGCUACAUCAACGAGCAGGGCUGCUUCUCCACCUUCGGCAGGACCUUGCAGAAUUACAUCUCUGUCCCUGGGACUUGCAGCUUGGCCGUGCUGGGCAUCGAGAUCUUCGCCAUGUUCUUUGCCUUUUGCCUUUAUUACAACUUCGACUGAGCGGGACAAAGCACAGCAGGGACAAGCUGAGGGCUUUGGAAACGGCGGCAGGCAAGGACACGUCACUUCCUUGCGGACCAGAGCAGAGCUCUGUAGGUCAGCACUCCGAUUC